UGUACAAGUUUUAAUAAAUAAUUUUAUCACUCGAAAUAUAAUAUUUAACACUUGAUAAAAGAAAAAAUAAGAUGCCGGAAUCAAUAGUAGCUGGUAUACCUGUGGUUUUUCCAUUCGAACCCUAUGAAGUGCAGCGCGCUUAUAUGGAAAAAGUUAUAAUGUGUUUACGUGAUGGUACUAACGGUGUCCUGGAGUCCCCUACCGGCACUGGCAAAACUUUAAGCUUAUUGUGUUCUUCUUUAGCCUGGCUAUUACAUCAGAAACAAGAAAUUCAAGCACAAAUAGCAAAAUCAACCCUAAAUGGCAUUGCUCCUAGAAGUGCUUCAGAUAAGCAAGAUAAAAUAGAAGUUAAAGGUCGGUUUAGAGAAAAAGACGCUAACUGGGGUGCCCCAAAAAUAAUUUAUGCAUCUCGCACCCAUUCCCAACUAACUCAAGCCAUGCAAGAAUUAAAACGAACUGCUUAUUCUUCUAUGCGUGCCGUAGUUUUGGGUUCACGAGAUCAAUUAUGUAUACAUCCAGAAGUUAUGAGGGAGCAAGGCAAUGCCAAUAAGGUGCAAAUGUGCAAAGCUAAGGUAGACACUCGCACAUGUUCAUUUCACUCUCGCGUAGAAUCUCGUAAGGAUGAUCCAAGUUUUCGAGGGCCCACAAUUAUGGAUAUAGAGGACUUGGUUAAAGUGGGACAAAAACUAAAAAUGUGUCCAUAUUAUGCGGUUAAAGAGCUUGUAGCUGAUGCCGAUAUAACAUUUAUGCCGUACAAUUAUUUGCUUGAUCCUAUAGCUCGCAAGGCAAAUAAAGUGGAAUUGCAUAAUACAAUAAUUAUAUUAGAUGAAGCUCAUAACAUUGAAAAGAUUUGCGAAGAAUGCGCGUCCGUGCAAAUAAAAUCAUCGGAUGUUGCCAUGGCUAUCGAUGAUACAACUCAUAUAAUGGCCGCUAUAAAAGCUUCAGGCUCUGAUGGCCAAGAUUGCGAAGACGAAUCUAAAGACUUUACACUCGAUGAUUUGACAUUGCUUAAAGAAAUGCUUUUAGAAUUGGAAAAGGCCAUCGAUGAAAUUGAAGUGGAAAACAAAAUAGAAGGAGUUACACUUCCAGCAUCCUAUAUAUACGACCUGCUUGGGAAAGCAAAUCUGAAUUACAAAACAUCAAAACACGUCAUAGUGCUUCUGGAAAAAUUAGUACAAUUUUUAGCUGUUCAAUCGCAAACCAGCAGACUGCGGAAAGGCAAAAGCUAUCAGACUUUAGCCGACAUGCUAAACAUCGUAUUUAUCAACAAGGAAGAUCAAAUUGAAAAAAUUUAUAAAAGCUUUAAAGUACACAUCCAACUGGAAGAAAUUAAGCAAUCUCAAAGACACGAUUCGAAUAAAGACGUAUGGCUAUCGAAGAAUUCCAAUGCGAAUUCCGAGAAGAAAGCUGCAAAAAUUAUAAACUAUUGGUGCUUUAACCCAGGCUUUGGGAUGGAGCAGCUGUUGAAUAAAAAUAUACGAAGUAUUAUAUUAACAAGCGGUACGUUGGCUCCAUUGAAACCGCUUAUUGCUGAAUUGGCUUUACCGGUUAUGCAACAGCUUGAAAAUCCUCACAUCGUUUCGCAAUCGCAAGUUUAUGUAAAAAUUAUUGGUUCUGGGCCCGAUCGAGAGCCUCUGAUGUCGAAUUUCCAAAACAGGGAUAAUCCUAAAUAUGUUAGCUCUUUGGGCUCUACAAUUUUGAAUGUGGCCCGCAUUGUACCCGAUGGCCUGUUAGUAUUCUUCCCUUCGUAUCCGUUACUUAACCAGUGUGUAAAUUCCUGGCAAGCUUCAGGGCUAUGGGCAGAUUUAUCUCGUUUUAAACCAAUUUUUGUUGAACCAAAAGGGAAGGAUGAUUUCCUCAACACUAUGGAGGGAUUUUACGAAAGUAUUAAAAGUUCAAAAGGCGCUUGCUUUAUGGCGGUUUGUCGCGGCAAAGUGUCUGAGGGCUUAGAUUUUGCUGAUCGCAAUGGUCGUGCAGUUAUUAUUACAGGUCUUCCGUUUCCGCCCUUCAAAGAUCCAAAGGUUAUAUUAAAAAAAAAAUAUUUGGAUGACAAUCGGACUAAAGAAAAUCAGUUACUGUCUGGACAAGCUUGGUAUGCUUUGGAAGCUACACGUGCCGUCAAUCAGGCAAUAGGGCGCGUUAUACGACAUCGUCAUGAUUAUGGUGCUAUAUUGUUGUGCGAUGUACGCUUUCAGCAAUCUACGCAAGUGCAACAGCUUUCGAAAUGGAUACGUGAAAUAUUAGGCAAUCAGCCAAAAUCUUCAUUAUUUGGUCCCAUAGUAAAAGAAUUGCGCGAUUUUUUCAAAAACGCUGAGAAAACUAUGCCUAAAGCCAGCGAGCGUAUUGUCGAGUCUUUGGUGAGUGAAGGUUGCGAAUUCGUGAACGCACGUGAUAUCGUUAGCAGUAAAUACUUUCCCAACUCCCAAAACAAUGUGCCCGGUAGAAGGAGAUUUCAAACGGCUUUAAAUAAUGCCAUUCAAGCUGAAGAAACAAAUAUGAUUGAAGGCUGGUCUCUCAACGAUUACGCUAAAGCUACUGCGCGACCGUCUGACAACAAACUUCCGAGCGUUGCGGAUUUUAUGAGUCGCCUGGACGGCGAUGUUUCAACUAUCGAUUUUAAUAGCAAAGAUGUGGGCACUCCUUCGAAUAGUCAAAUUCAGAUAAACAAAAGAAGGCGCAGUCCUACAAAUUCACCUUCAACGUCUUCCACCGCUAGAAACGAUACGGACGGAAAAAGGAAAUACAGAUUAGUAGACAAUACGCGUCUCACAUCUUCUCUGCCAUCAAAAUCCUCAGGUACUCCCACAAUUUCACUAGAUCAGUUCAAAUUUAUCGACAAGCCUCGUUUAGAAAAUGAUCAAAACAAAAAAGCUCCUGAAGAACGUGUUGAGUUCUUAAGAGUGCUACGUAGUUCCCUGUCCUCGGACGAUUUUAAGGCUUUCUCUGCCGCUUUAAUAUCUUAUAAGACUGACAAUACCAUAGGUGAUUUAAUGGAUGUACUAUUCCAAAUGUUAGGCAAGCCAUGCCUUUUUUACAUGUUACAAGAGCACAUGCACAUAACACCUUGCUUAUUAAGAUUACUAAUAAUUGACGUUUCUGGAUACACGCAAAAAUGAACUGAAAAAAUUGUAUUCAAUUUGAGGCGAAUCGUUAACGCGUCCAAAUUCGAAGCGUUUUUUGUUAGCUAUGGACGCGUUUGGUCGAACUCAAACUUAGAACUUUCUCUCCCUCAAACUUGUAACUUGUAACAAUAACAAUUCGGACACGAUGACAACGACUCUUGCUUUUCAAGACGAUAUAUAUUUGCGA